AUGGACUUUGACGACCCUUCCAGCUCUGACGAGAGCAGCGUUAGGGCUCCCUCGCCGGUGCCGGCCGCCAACGGGCCGCCGCCGCCGCAUUUGCGGCCGGACGUGGCCGCCCUUCCCGGGCCGAGGGGCCGCCGCAAUGGCCAUGAGGUUCAGUCCUUCGUCUUCGACGACGACGACGAUGAGCAUGACAGCGACGACGGCGAUAGUAAAGAAGUCAUGGGGCGCGCCCCGCAGCCUGCCGCGCAUAACGCGUUGGAGGAGCCACUGCAUCACCAACUUGUUGCUGCGGAUGACGAGAUGCGUCCCAUGGCACGUCACGGGUGUGACGCGCUGGGGCGCGUGGGCCGCCUCGGCCGCCUCACAGAGGAGACAGACGUUCAGGAUGGAUUUGAGGAGGAGGACGAGUCGAAGGACAUCGUGACGAGUGGCGCUGGAGUGCCGGUCUCCAUUGAAGAUGAGAGGGAGUGGGACAGUGUUCUCGGGCCCAUGGCAUUGGUUGACACAACUCUACUGACUCGUUUUUACACGGGCUCAAGCACCACUUGUGAGGAGAGCGAAGUGGGGCUGGAGGAGUCCGUCAAUGUUACCGAAACCAUGGUGAAGGUCCUCUCACUCUUCUCCGCAAUCCCUGCUGAACCGGGGGGCGACGCGGCGGGGGAACCGCGUCAAGUGGCUCUCGACACGCUGCAUCGUCUGGCGUCACACAUGCAAGACAUGCAGCGCACUCUCACCGAGGCCGGGUUGACGAUUGACAGCCAGCUUAAAUUACAGUCCCAACAGAACAGCGACGGGGAAAUUGAAGCCGACACGGCGACAGAUCAGAGUGGAGUGGAUCUUCGAAAAGUAGUUUGCCGUGGAGUGCAUUCAGUACAUGUAGACUCCGCAUGCCGUUUGAUGGGGGUGAUUGAUAUUGAUGCGUGUGCGGUGAGUCUCUCGGAUGUGAUUGCCUUCAGCAGCCUCCCGUUUUCGCAGUCAGAGCUCGUGGCAAUUCUCAACUCCAUCGUGCGGAAAGUCGGCGCUCUACAUGACGCUGGACUUGUCCAUGGCUGCCUUCACGGUGGCAAUGUUCUUUGUUGCACCGACGACGGGCGAACAGCGCUGGCGGGAGCAUGCGGCAUUAUGAGCAACCCGUUGCUUCCAGCCGACGCUUCAUUUAUUUCCCCGCGUCUCGCAAGCGCCCUUCAACCAUUCGUACAACUUGUUUGGAACCGUAGUGAGCAGCUGCAUGCCGAGACGCUUCCCUGGGCAUCGGACCCGCUCUUUCACACCACCGUACUGGAGCGCUAUGGGUGUACAGGAAAGUCCGAGUUGCGGGCGCAGGUGUCGGAUGACAUUUACGCGAUUGGGAUCCUGGCGGUCUCGUGCUUGCUCGGCGUACCCCCGUUUCACUCAGCCACGCUGAAGGAAGUUGUUGAAACGCUGGCGCCCUACUACCGUGAUGCUCACGACGGCGGCGAAGCCAUUUUGUUAGGCAACUUGCUCGCGAGCGACUACGCCUUGCAACGCUUUGGGAUUGCAGGUUACACGGAGGAAUUUGUCGCCACCGCCAAAGAUUUCGUGGAAACCUGCCUGCGUGCCGCCUCCAGCCCCGCCGCAGCGGCACAUGUCGUGACAAGUGAUUUACUGACGCAUUCCUUCUUUGCUGAUAUCAACGCUUCCGCAACCCCCACAAGGAACGAUGGGGGAGUGUCGAUGGAUGAAAGCGAAAUGGACGCGGCUGCGCUGGUGGAUCGGACGGUGCACUGUCUGCUCUACCCCAUUUUUACGGUCAUGGAGUGCGUGGAGAAGGACUGCGGCUCCAUACCGCUAUUACCGCGUUUGCUGCGGAACUCCAUUUUUGCAACUCGCUGGGAGGCCCUUCAGCGCUCCAAAUUACAUCCGCAUGGGGAUGAGGCGGCGUGUGGAAAGGACGCCGUCCGCGUCCUCUGGCCUUACUUGGCCUCCCGGGAGAACUCGUACUGGGAUGAGAGCAAUCUACACGAAAGCUCCAAAGCGGACAAGGAAGGCCAAAGCGAAGAGAAUGCAGUAAGAUCUCUCUUGUACCGCUCGUUAGUUCCUCCUUGUGUAUCGGUUUCUCAGAAGACAGCAGAUUGUCAUGCGGCGACCUUGGCGAGUGUUGUAGCAUCCAAAGGUGUGCGAAUAGAUACAGAGGCUCAUGCGCUAGUCUUCAGUGGAAAAGCUGACGAUCACCUUGUGCUUUAUAGAGAUGAGCUACCGACAGAGUAUAGCUCGUCUGUGGACACGCUUAUUCUUCAAGAGUUAGAAGACUGCGUUGUACAGAUUUUGCUGAGUUUUCGUUUUGUGGUUCUCUUAAAUCUGCGUCGCUGCAAACUUUUUCUCGGGCCAUGCUACUACCUCUACUGCGAAAAUGUAUCAGACUGUGCCCCUGUCGUCGUGGCAAGCGCCCAUGUGCUACUUCGCGACGUCACUGUCGUUGAGUUCCACUGCGGCGGAUGUCCAUCUCCGCGCAACUACGAAGAUGUGCCGAUAUCCAGCGAUGUAGUCUUUCUACCGUACACAGUGGCAUACGCUGGGUUAACUGCAGAUUUCGCGGCAGUUUCGCUCCCGCAGGAACAUGUCUCCGUCAUGGCGCCUAGGGUGGAAAUUACCGACUCGGCACCGUCUGCUUCACGAAAAUUCAAACUAUGCAACCCGCUGCGUGGCGGGUUUGACUACCCCUACUCGCAUGCGUUGACAGCUUUUGGGACUCGUCUCCUUCAUGAAAAUGACUGUAUCAGUGACAUGUUUUUGUUUUUCUCGGAGGUUGCAGGAAAAGCUGUUCGCAUAGCACAGAUUCACGGUGGUCAUGACGCCGCCUUGGGGGAUCUGGCGGCCGCUGCUCCCGCGCUGUCCUCACGUCCCUCGUUGCGGCACUCCCAGGACGAGGGUAGCGUGGGAGCUGAGGCGAGUGGCACCGCCGCAGAGGGGAACAAUUCCAACUGUCCUAUCAUAUUUAUCAUGGAUUUUGUCGGGGAUUGCAUCAUAGAAGACUGUUCCCACUGUACCGUUUUUAUUGUGGGUUCCUCAGAAAGCGUCUCCGUGCGGCACUGCUCGGAGUUGCGUCUUUUCCUUAUGGCGAAGGAAGUCUUGUUUGAGUACUGCAAUCACGUGGAGGCUCACUUGUUCGUGACGGAGUACCUCCUUGUGGAUCACUGCUAUCAGAUGGAUCUGUCUCCGCUGGUGUUGGAGGCGCCGCGUCUGGAGGAAGUUAUUGCGUCCAUCGUUGACGGCUGCACCGACGAGGCCCUUCACCAACGGCUUGAGAAGGCGCUGCGGCAGAAGGAUGAGCGUGCGCUGAACGUCCUUCGACGCUUCGAGGCCGGCGCCAACGAGAUUGACAUGGAGGAGUGCGUGGACGUGCGCAUAAGCAGUCGCAGCGAGGAGGUGAUCCUGGUGGACUUUGUGCCCACCGGUGCACAGCUCUCAAAGUUUUUCUACGAGGCCUCCCACGCGUCAAGCCGUGGGAAGCAUUGGGUCAUGGUGCCGUUUUUGGAGAAGACGUGGGCGCGAGGGGAGGCGUCCACGCGUGGUCGUGGGAUACCGCCUGUGCGUCUCCACGACCUCGUCAAUGCGUCCAUUCUUCGUCUUCCUGGAAGCCUGAACCUGCGUGCGGCUGGGGACGAAGCCUCCCCGUUGGUGGAUGUCAUUCUGGAACGUUUCUCGCUUGGGGUGGUGCACCUCACCGAGGCGAUCCGGACACUCAUUAUUCGUAGGUGCACGGGCCCCCUAGACAUCGUUGUCUGCGCUGCGACUCGUGUCAUUAUGGAAUCCUGCGAGCAGGUUACUCUUCAAACUGCCUGCGGCGCUUUUACUGCCAGGAAUUGUCAGGCGUGUCACAUCGCACUACACGUAAACACCCCGCCACAGUAUGAAAACUGUACAUUUAUGCAGGCAUCGACGCUGAACAUCACCUCGAAAGACUUUGAGGGUUACUUGACACGUGCCGGUGUGGAGUUGGAUUUGAACCUCUUUGAUAACCCCGCGGUGCGGUCCUCGGACGAUGAAUGGGAGGUGCUCUCUCCUGACAAACUGUUGGAGAGCAAUUCCGUCGAUUCGGUGGAAAUGGCACGCUUUGUACUACACAGCCCAGUGACCCUUGUUCCGCCGCUGCCAGCCACGUGCCUGGGAGUCGAAGAUGCGUCGUUCAUUGACGUCUUGGAGGACCGCGUCAACCACGAGAAGGCGACAAGGCCGUGCUAUGGCGAGAGCAUCGUUGCGGCCUUGUCAUUUCUCUCAAGCCGUCAGGCGGCACAGGUUUCAGCAGCAGCGGCGGCGGCGGCGGCGUCGAAAAGUGUGCCACGAGAGGAGCUGCGUUUCGCCCGCUCCCUCUCUCCGCUUCCCCCAAUGCUGGGGACAGGGCAGGCGCAGGAGCGGCACGUUGCUCCGCCGGUUGAGCGCGGGGUGGAGAAUGCAAAGGAGGGGCCUACUGAGUACAUGGAGGAGUCCUCAGCCCCUUCCGUCUCAAAUCCGACGAGUGAGCUGCCCCAGUCCCCGGCGCACAGCCCGGAGGUCAGUGGGACGCACACAGUUCAUCGGGACGACGAGCCUCGAAGCGGCGGGAGCAGCAGCAGCGGCAGCAGUGGGAGCGAGGCCAACAACGUGCCCAUGGACGACGACGCCCACAUCGACGAUGAAACGGCGGAGGUUGUGGGGACUGUAGUUGCCGCUCCUCACGAUGGCCACGCUGCCGACGGCGACGGUGACGGUGACGGUGACGACGACGACGACGACCCUGCCACGGUUCGAAAAUUGGGUGAGACGCGUGCACGCAGAGGGGAUGCUGAGCCUCAAUUCCCUACCGAAGCAAAGGGGGUGAGUUGUGACGCCUCUUCGCCUCCAGAAACCCUUGCAGACGGUCGAUUAAGUGGUGACGAGGAGGAAAGCGCCUUGGACCUCGUGACGUACCGCUCUUUCCCUGGGGAGGUGUCCAUCGUCGACGAUCGCAUGAGUGCGACCGAUCCUGCGGCGACGACGCCGCGUCGCGAGGGAGGCGAGAGCGCGGGCGAGAGAUCCCCUGCGGCAGUGCCCCCCGCACACGGAAGUAAAGCCGCUGCGGCCGCACAGUUGGCGAACUCACCCCCGUGCCUGACAUUGCCGGUGGAGGCCAAAGUGGACGAGGGCGGGAAAAGCGGCGGCGGCGACACGAACGCGAAGACCACGAGCACGCCGCAGCAGGCGUUGGUGGGGGAUGCCACUUCAGUGCGGGGUUUCAUUCUUGAGGUUCACCCCAGCGAAGAGGAGGCGGUGCGCGCCGCUCUCGCCAUGGUGGCUGCCAGCCGCGACGCUGCCGCAUCUGCACGACGGACAAGUGGCUCCUCCACGGAGGAGCUUCAACGGCGUGUGGCGGAGGCCUUAAGGCGACUUCAAAAGCUCUCCUCGUGA